AAAGAGAACCAUCAAAAUACUGUAAGCACAUGCACGUAGUAUUUACAGUACACAGCUGUGGGUCUGGGUGGAGGGUGGAGGAUGGUUAGGAUGCAGAUCGUGAGGUACACCACUCUGAAACCUAACAGCAUUAUUUCCCACAGUCUACCAUUGCUGUGAUCUGUGAGAGCCAGAAUCGAGCCUGCAACGAGACUGAUGUGCAGCACGUCGAAUGGCGCCGCUCGCUGACGCAAGACGUCACAACGUGGGCCAAUACAGUCCCUCCGUAGGCGUGUCUUUUUUCUUGUAUUCCGAUUGAAUCGGUCCAGUUUGUAUUAGUUGGAGUAGAGGAGCAGGAAGAACAGGGGAAUCUUUCACUAAACACUGUAACUGUGGAUACCGGCCGUUCACGGCUCCGUUAUGGCAGAUACAGAAUGAUAUGAGCUCCAGUCGGGCUCGCCAAAUCCUGACGGUUUUAUUGUCGCGGUGCCUGAAUCUUACCAGGCUGCAUUUACAAGGAUGCAUCAGAUGAUAACUGCGCAGGGAUGCCUCGGCUGAACAUGGACAAACAGGGCGUCUGUUACAAUGAUGAAGGCUUCUUCCUUUUUGUUUUGAACACGGGCCACCCACAGAAUCACUGCAACGCUCGCUACGGACAACUUAAACGCUCCUCUCAUUCGUCGUUCCCAUGAAGAACAUUGCGCAGUGCAGUGAAAACGGGAUAUCGUGUUGUGGAUUUCGAAUUGGUGGUGAAUAUAUUACCUAAUAAGCUUGUUUUCAACUGGGUAUCAAUUCCCAGUAUAGGCUGUAUACAUCCUACAGAGCGAAUUGGUGCACAGUCAAUGUAAGGAGCCUUGUCCAGUGGUGAGACCCAUUCUGAGGGUACAGAUGAGAGGCAAACAAUAUCAUCAACCACUGAAGUUGACAGCGCCUUGGGAGAAGGAUGCUGGCUUUGGGAGGAAGCUCAAAACCUACAGGAAUCAUACCAAGAUAAUAGCACAGCCCGGGAUCGUGAUGAAAGUCCUCCGCAGGAAGAGGAUUGUGUUAUUUAUGGCCUAUUUCUUACUGCUGGUCCUCACUAUGCUUAACUUGGCUAAUUAUAAAUGGACUAAAGAGCCACAGCAGUGUAACCAUCAGAUGAGGAGCACCACUUAUCAGAGCAGAUCUGACAUUCGCUUCCUGUACAGGCCCUCUCUGGCUAAAAAGAGACAGCUUAUCUAUGUUCUGACCACGUGGAGGUCAGGCUCGUCCUUUUUCGGGGAGCUUUUUAACCAAAAUCCUGAAGUGUUCUUCUUGUAUGAGCCAAUGUGGCACAUCUGGCAGAAACUGUACCCGGGUGAUGCAGUGUCUUUACAGGGGGCAGCCAGGGACAUGCUUAGCUCCUUGUACCGCUGUGAUCUGUCGGUUUUCCAACUUUACAACAGCCCCGGGGGCAAGAAUUUUACAUCCCUGGGACUAUUCGGGGCCACCCUUAACAAAGUGGUGUGCUCUUAUCCCCUCUGCUCAGCCUACAGAAAAGAGGUGGUGGGGAUGGUGGAUGAUAAGGUGUGUAAAAAGUGCCCCCCUCAAAGCCUUAGACUGUUAGAGGAGGAGUGCCUCAAAUAUAAUACUAUAGUCAUUAAAGGGGUACGCAUUUUGGACAUUAACGUGUUGGCCCCACUCAUGGAGGAUCCAUCCUUGGAUUUGAAGGUGAUACACCUGGUCAGAGACCCGCGGGCAGUGGCCAACUCCAGGAUCAAAUCCAGACACGGCCUGAUAAGGGAGAAUUUACAGGUGGUCCGCAGCAGAGACCCUAAACUUCGCCGGAUACCUUUUGUGGAUCCUGGUCACAAAGCCAACAAGAAGGAUGGCUCAGACUACCACUCCAUAGGAGCCAUGGAGGUGAUCUGUGACCGCACCUCCAGGACUUUGAGGACUGCCUUAAACCCACCCAGCUGGCUGAAGGGGAAGUACAUGGCAGUGCGGUACGAGGACCUAGUCGAGAACCCAGUGAAGACCUUGCGGAACAUCUACCACUUUGCCAACCUCACCACCAACCACGACAUUGAGUCAUUUGCGCUGAACAUGACCAGCGGCUCCAGCUCAUCCUCUAAGCCGUUCAUAGUCUCGUCCAGGAAUGCCACACAAGCUGCUAGUGCAUGGAGAACAGUGCUCAGCAUUCAACAGAUCAAACAAGUGGAGGACUACUGCCAUCAUGCCAUGUCUGUUCUAGGGUAUGAAAGAGUCAGAACAGCCGGGGAGGCUAAGGACUUGAGCAAAUCACUACUGACACACUCCAAACUGUGAAAACGUUCUCACCACCAAAGACCUUUUUAAGUUAAUGUUCAUUUUGCAUCGAGUGCCGUUUCCUCUUAUUGUGGAAUUAAAGCUUUACUUUAAAUCACUGUUCAAGGAGCUCCGCUAGCCACUUUUGGAAUGUAUUAUGUUACCCUCAGUUGAACUGCAGUGAAAUUUGAAAGGACCACACCUUUUUUAUACUGGAAUAUUGGAUGUGUUUGUCAACGCAAGGCCUACGAACAAUGACUCAGUGAAGCUGCAACAAUGAAAAAGAACAACAACUGUAUAAUUCAUGUAUCAUGUUAUGAGGACACAAAGUUGAUGUUUUGGGGUUAUUUUUGAAUGUUCAAAACCUUAUAAAAAAAAAUCAGUUUUUUUAGUCUCCAUACUGUCUGUAAAAGUGAAAAUAGUGGAUGAAAGAAAAACAAAAAAACUGAUUUUAAAAAAGCUAAUUGCUAAUGUUUAUUUGUAGGAGCUGGUCAGUCAGAGACAAUCAAUAAAUUGGUUUGUUGAUGUGCCAUAGGUAGAGUUGUGAUGAGUAGGCUACAUCAGAACAACAGUAGUGCUAUUUCUAGAUACAUAAAAAAGGAUGUUUUGACUUUUGUCACUAAAUCCUUGUAGGAUACGACACAGUGUGUGAUAUCAUGCACUGUGGACAAUGUCAUGGCUCUGGAGCUGGAAAAUCUAUCUCUCAGUGUCGGUGUAAGCAGUCUGUUCUACCAUUUCUAAUGUUUACAAUUGCUUGCUCUUAUGAAAACACAUGAUCUGGGAAUAUUGCAUUGAGUAAAGUUCACAGUUAAGAAGACAGUUUAUGCAUCUGUGUUGACCAACCCGUACUGCUGUACAUGUAAAAGAUCAUGAUCAAAAACACGCACUAGACCAGUGGUUCUCAAAGCCUGGUGCAUGAGGCAAGGUUCCCUUAAAAAUAAAUAUAAAAUAAAACCCAACACAAUGAGCAACUGGAUUUAAUCAAUAUUGUAAUAACAAAAAACGAUAUGCUAUUAAUAUGUAUUUUGAAUUACAUAUAGGUUUAGUAAUAUUUUUGUUUCAAGGCAAAUCUUAUGCACCACUGUGCCUUCCCUCACCAUUUGAGAACCAUUGUGCUGGAAUGAUGUCAUACAUUUUUGCUAUUUGCUACGUAACUUAAAGCUGCCCUGUGGAGUUUUCUUGUAAACAAAGUUUCUGUUUACAUUCAGCGUUUCUCACCAAAACGCACUAUAUGUAUCUUUGAGAUGUAUUUAACGUGUUGAAUGACUUUCCUUCCUCAUAAAACAAUUGCAAAGCAAAUUUUUCUUCAAAUUUUGAAACCUGCACACCAAUGUUUACUUCCUGGCAGUCUUCAUCGUCCCUGCCUUUGCUAGUGCAUUGUUGUGUUUCUUGGUCCUUUACCGCUAGCUGUAGAUCAGUGGAAACCAUUGGCAGAAAUGUGUACCCCGUUGUCCGCAAGCAUGUGCAUCCUUGUGCACGAGAACAAACCAAACGGGGACCCAUGCCUAAAAACAUUGCUCUGUAACUUUACUAGUGGUCAAAAACUCCACAGGGUACCUUUUUAAGUAUGCGUCAUGAAAAUGUUCAUUAGUUGGUAGAAGUAAUUAUUACAGUUACCUGCGUACUUCAUUUUCAACGCAACCUCAAAAAUCUCAGAGAAAUGGCUCAAAAAGGGAAUUACACUACUUAAACACAAAGUUAAAAGUAUAAAAGUUAAAAGGGGCACUUCAUGAAAACCACAACAAAACGGAUUUUUCUCUUACUCCGAUGUGCUGAAGUUAAAAGUUCACUUCAGUAAAACAGCUCAGUUACAUUUGGUUCGUGAUGCUCAAAGUGCCCAAAAAUUACACUUGUAAAGCUCAGCAGACAGCAUCAAGGUUACACAGAAAAGUUGUAAGACUGUAAGAGAAGUUUCUUCCUCCUGCACAGAGAUAGAUGCUGUAGCUGGUGGGCGUACGUCAAUGUGUAGCUGAAAAAUGAAAACAUUGAAAAUAAGUUUUGUGGUUCAUCAGGAGGAUAUGUCAUAUGUAGAAAGAGGCAUUGCUAUUGAGUUUUCAAAUGUCAAAUUUUAAUGUCUUACUUUGGGCAUUACCAACCACAUGCAUUACAGUGCGUUGUGUUGGGGUGACCUAUUGUACAGGUGACAGCUGCAAAUCACACCAAAACUAACAAGAUUGUACUUUGAAUUAGAUUUUUUAAAUUUUUUUUAAGUUUGUUGUUUUGGGAGAACUCCUCCUUUAAGGACAAAACUAAACCUUGAGCAUCUCCAUCUGAGGACUGAAAGAGACAAGCAUUCCAUACAUGCACCCAUGCAUUCACAACAUAAAAUGGAAAGCCCUCACUUCAAGGACAAUGGCUUUAUUAAUAUGAGAGAAACAGUCUGCAUAUUCACUAAGCCUAACCUUCACAGAUGUGCAGUACACAACACCCUGCUUCAUGCAAGGGGAACGGGGCCCUGAGAUUUAUAAUGAUGCACUCAGAAAGCAGCAAAGUGCAAUCCAUAAAGAAGUCUCACUUGCUGAUACUCUCUUUUCCAAAUGCUGUUAAUAAACUUAAGCAUUUGGAAGUAUUCUAGCCCGUCGCAGAGUGAUGAGCAAGACGUGGAGGGAGAUGAGGGGGUAAUAAAUUCAGUGGAAUACAUUCUGAAUGAGUUAAAAGGAUUGCAAUAGAAAUCAGUGCUGUAAAAGUUUAAUAAGGAGUUGGGGAAGAGCAAAGCAAAGUUGGCACAAAAAUACUUUUUCUAGGGAGACACCAUAGCUUUCAAUCACAGUAGAUGAUCAUGAGAAAUUUUCCCUAAAGCUUGAAACCAAGAGGUUAAGUAACCAAGUAGCAUGAAGCUGUUCCGAUAGCAGUUAAUGUGUGACUUGCAUUUUCACCACAACUGUUACAUUAUAAUUUUGCUUGCUGUGUGAAAAGUGCACUGUGCACACAUAGAUUAAUUUCUGCUUCCUGUUGUUGUGUGAUGAUGAAUGAUUAAUCAUUCUAUUUCAGCUAUUAAAUUCCUUGAAACUGGAGCAAAACAAGCCAAGAAAAUCAUCAACAGAGUAACAGAGAGAGCAGUGGCCUUUGUAAUUGUUUUUUUCUCCCUCUGCGAGUGUAUCUUUGCAUGCAUGUCAGCACAAGGGGGGUGACCUUUCGGGAGCCAUUGUAAUUCUGACUCCCGGUCGGCUCCUCCCAGAUGCCCUGGCCAGUGACCCCAUUCAUUGUGGGAGGCAGGGCCUUAGUCUCAGGGCAGCAGGGGCUGAUAAACUGGGGUUAGAAGUGACUCUCGGAUCUUCAGGCCUCCCUAGCAGCAUCUGGAGCAAUGCCAAGGCCCAGGUCUCCUUCUAGCAGGUCAUCCUGGUGCUCGGAUCCAGAAUCGCCUCCUAUAGAUACAAGCUGGUUCUCUGUUUUCUCCAAAUCGAAGGUGGAGUCAUUUGGUUCAGUCUCACACAGCUGUUCCUCAUCCUGAAUGGCAUGUAGCAAAUGAUAAUUGAUAAUUUUAAUUUCUUUCUAUUUUCUGAAGAUAUAUACACGUAUGUAGUAACACAAGGGAAGUCUUACAUCCUGGACACGGGGGCUGCUGAAGACUCUGGCAAAUAGCCCACACCACUUUGGCAGUGAGUCGGUCAGCGGAGGGCCACAAUGUGUCAGCAGUGGCUUUAGAUAUCUGCGACCUUGUUAAGGCAUGGUGGCAAAGGCAUGUAAGUGUCAAUGACAGUAAACAGGGGAGAGGAAAAUUUUUGGUUUUAGCCUUUUGCCUAUUCCAAAUCUGACCUCAGGCCACCGAGUUAUAAUUGUAAUAAUUUUAGCAGAACCAAAGUAUAUCUCACUAGUGCGUAUGUGGAAAUAAGUAAUUGUAGUGCUUUACUGACGUAUUUUAGAGGAUUCAUAAAGGUUCAGAGGAUCAAGCUGUAGCAUCUUAGCUCUUUAGUUGCUCAGCUAAGUAUGUUAAUUAUGGAUGGGACCAAAGGAGUUUGGGGGGAUGUUUAUUGUUUUAGAUGUGGGAGGGUAAAUCAGAGGCCAGCGACUAUGUUAGAAAGAUUUGGUUAAAGUGAGUCAUUCUUCUCUGGAAAAUAGCAUGUCAUACAUGCAUCCAUAAAUGCACACUAUUUUUAUACAGGAGGGAAAAAAAGCAAAUGUCCCAUAGUUAUAGUUCUUAUUUUGAGAACUAUAACUUUUACAUUUGCUUUUACAUACUGUACAGAUGUCAGCACUAGUUCUCUGUUUAAAGAUCCCAGUCAUUGUCACGCUGCAUGUGCUAAUACACACCAUAAUACACGUCUGUCAACAUCUCACUCAAGUACUCUUGUUUCCAACCAGUCUUUAAGUUGUUUUUAUGCAUGAAAAAAAUAAAAAUAUAAAGUACAA